AUGAAUGUACAUCCUGAAUCGACAACACCAACUCCAAUCUCUACCGCACGACGUUCCUUCUCAAACGUUCUUGACAAGGCUUUCAUAAAAAGAUCGUCUACAAAAAGGAACAAACCAGAACAGAAAGUGGCUGAAAGAAUAUCAGCUAAAGAAAUAAUAGACAAUCCAACAACGAGAAAUACAACAGAAAAGACGACAAAGUUACAGUCGAAACCAUCAAUAAAAUCCAAACUAGGGAGAAAACCACGUUCAAAAUCCCAACCGGUGGCGCAAAAACCUGUUCUUUCACUAAGAACUUCACUUUCAUCAAUAAAACUCUCGUCGUCGUCAGCAAAUUCAAUAAUACCCUCCAAAUCUUCAUCAUCCCCUCCUCAAUCACCCCCACCAUCUUCGCCAUCCUCUCCCACUGCAUCGACCACAACAUCACCCACGACUUCAUUUUUUCCAUUUUUUUCAUCGCGUCCUUCUUCUCCUUCAUCUAAACGUCCGACGUCUAUCGCUUCCGAGACAACAGAAGAUUUACAGCGACCACAAUCAACCCCUCCAAUAUUAAACCGAUCUCCAUCAACACCGGCUUUACGCUCUCCCGUAAGAGUGACGUUCGGAUUCGGUCGAAGGGAACUGCCAACUAUACACGACACCAUGAAUAGCUCGUCAGAUCAUUCUCCACCCAUGUUACCAGUCAUUGCGUUUUCCUCUCUCGGGUCCGAAUGGAACGCUGAUGAUAUGAUGGACAAGAAAAGUAGCGAGACGAAACAAGGUGUCGAAGAGGAACCAAUAGGAGAAGAGAAAGCAUUGCGAGAACAAAAAGAAGAGUUGCAGAGUAACCCAGAAGGGGAAUCACUAAUAGUGAGCGUGGAAGCUGUAACGGUCGGAGACGAAAGCAAAAACGAGGAUCAUAUAAUAUCACCGUCUUCAUCCACGACUGUAAGCAAACAUCUCUCAUCCACAUCCACUUCUUCGUCCGUGUAUUCGCUUUCAUCGGCAACAUCAUCACCAUCAACCCCAGAACCUCACGAGCAACUUGACAUAACUGCCUUUUUAGCCGCACCUCGUUUGACUCAGCGCGUGCGACUAAAAUCUGGACGUGUCGUUUCGUUUUCGGAAGUAGGCGACCGUGACGGUUUCCCGGUUUUCGUAUUCCUUGGAAUGGGAUGCGUUAGAUAUUUUAUCGCCUUCUUCGACGACUUGGCGAGUAGUUAUGGAUUGAGGUUGAUAUGUCCGGAUCGUCCUGGAGUUGGAUUAUCGGAUGAUGUCAGUGCUGAAGAUCAACAGAUCUUAAAGUGGCCUGAUGUAAUCGACGAACUCUGUGACAUAAUAGGCAUUAAGAAAUUCUUUAUAAUGGCCCACUCGGCUGGGGCACCAUACGCUCUUGCCUGUGCGUUGAAGUUACCGCACCGUCUGCAAGGGACAAUCUAUCUUGUUUGUCCAUGGGUUUCCACUACUGUCGCAAAUAACUUUAAAUGGUUAAGAUUCGUACCCACGUCUAUAAUGAAGCUCACGAAUACGGCCGGAAUCUCAUUACAGCAACUACUAUAUGGGCGAAGUCCGUAUGCCAUGAAGCCAUCGCAUAGAAAUUCAGGCGCUCUCGCGACACCAAUGACGAGUUUGGAGAAAAAGCAGCGUUUGGGUCUUGCUAUACUCAAAGCCUCAUUCGCAGAGAACUUGUCAGGCGCCAACAAUGAUCUAGUGAUGUGUUUCGAAAGGAAAUAUCCGUUUGGUUUUUCAUACACGGAUGUAAACCAUCCCGUGCAUGUGUUUCAUGGAACAAAAGAUGAGCGAAUUCCAGUAUCUGCCGUCAAAUGGAUGGAGGAGAAUAUGCCGGAUUGUAGACUAACAUUGAUUGAGGGUGGAAAGCAUUCACUGCUGUUGAGAGCAGAAGUAGUGGAUUCCAUAUUCAAAAGCAUUGCUGUUCAGUUGCAUGUUAAGGAUGAAUGUAGACUUUGCAAGAUUUCGUCGAAAUGUUGGUUGAUGGACGAGACGGAAUUGGAGAGGACGGAACUGUUGGUGACGCGAGAACUUAUCGGGGAUCUUGGCGAUAAGGAUGUGGAUGAUUGUGAAGAUGAUGUUGUGAAUGUAAACAAUGACGAGCAAAGUAACAGUGAGGCUAUAUUAGUCGCUCCAGAUUAUAGUCUCCCUUCCCGCUUUCGUCAUAAAGAUAAACGUCAAGCAGUCUAUAUACCAGACACAUCUCAGAAGUUGUCAGAAUCAAAGCCUGAAACGGAAAUCUUUCUCUCACCUGAUAACGAAGUUCCAAAGGCAGCGGAAAAGUUGGUUUCUGUGUAUAGUUAUUUCUAA